AUGGAAGAAAAUGUCGAACCCCUCUUUGUUGGAGUGAAAUUGGAAAAAGAAAAAUCAUUGGUCCUAAAAUUGUGCAACAAACAAAAGACAAGGGUAAAAGUGAUCAAGGAUCGUCUAAAGAUCGCUUCAGAUAGGCAAAAGUCAUACACUAACCUUAAAAGGUGUGAUAUUAAGCAUCAAGUUGGUGAUAAAGUAUUCUUAAAGGUGUAUCCAUGGAAAAAGAUUAUAAGAUUUAUCCAAAAAGGAAAACUGAGUCCUCGAUUUAUUGGACAUUAUGAGAUACUUGAAACAGUGGAACCAGUUGCAUAUAAAUUAGCCUUGCUGCCUGAGUUGGAAAAGAUCCACAAUGUCUUCCAUGUUUCGAUGCUCAGAAGAUAUUAUUCUGAUCCAUCUCAUGCUCUUUCAGUUGAAUCUAUUGAGGUUAAUCCAGACUUGACUUAUAACGAAAAACCUAUCUUGAUCCAAGCUUGA